GCGUGAGAGAGUGAGUGAACGCUGAGGGUCGCGGAAAAAAGGUUUGUCAUAUUUUCGUUUUUAACCCAAUGUUUCACCCCGCACCAGACAAAGUAGACGAGGGAACCGCUUAUCGUCGCUCCACAGCCUCGGCACACUUUCAGACAGAUAUGAGCGGCAGCGGGCGGCCCAGGACGACCUCGUUUGCUGAGCCUCAGGGGGCGUCCGGAGCCGCUGCAGCAUCCGCUGGAGCCGCCGCUGUCGUGGGGAGCAACGCAGGAAAGCCCGGGGUCUCGCAGGCCUUGGCGGACAGUUCCUCUGCUUGCGCAAAUUUAAAACUGUCUAGAGACAGUGGGAAGGUGACCACAGUGGUUGCCACCCCAGGCCAGGGCCCGGAUCGCCCGCAGGAGGUGUCCUACACUGAUAUCAAGGUAAUCGGUAAUGGCUCGUUUGGCGUGGUGUAUCAGGCACGCCUCAUUGACAGUCAGGAGUGGGUGGCCAUCAAGAAGGUACUUCAGGACAAGCGCUUUAAGAACCGAGAACUUCAGAUCAUGAGAAAACUGGACCACUGCAAUAUAGUGAAGCUGCGCUAUUUCUUCUAUUGCAGUGGAGAGAAGAAGGACGAGGUGUACCUCAAUCUGGUGCUGGACUAUGUGCCCGAGACGGUCUACAGGGUGGCACGGCACUUCAGCAAAGCUAAAACCAUUAUUCCCAUCUGUUAUGUGAAGGUGUAUAUGUAUCAGCUUUUCCGCAGUUUGGCCUACAUCCAUUCCCAGGGUGUGUGUCACAGAGACAUCAAGCCACAGAACCUUCUGGUGGAUCCAGAAACAGCUGUUCUCAAGCUCUGUGACUUUGGCAGUGCAAAGCAGCUGGUGAGGGGUGAGCCCAACGUCUCUUAUAUCUGCUCACGAUACUAUCGCGCCCCUGAGCUCAUCUUUGGUGCGACAGACUACACCUCUAACAUUGACAUCUGGUCAGCUGGAUGUGUGCUGGCCGAACUGCUGCUGGGACAGCCCAUCUUCCCUGGAGACAGUGGUGUGGACCAGCUAGUGGAGAUCAUAAAGAUUCUUGGAACACCCACAAGAGAACAGAUCCGUGAAAUGAACCCGAACUACACGGAGUUCAAAUUCCCACAGAUCAAAGCACAUCCAUGGACCAAGGUGUUUAAACCCAGAACUCCGCCUGAGGCGAUCGCCCUGUGCUCUCGGCUGUUAGAGUACACACCAGUCACACGACUGACUCCGCUCCAGGCUUGUGCUCAUGCCUUCUUUGACGAGCUGCGCCAGCCUGGCACCCGUCUGCCCAGCGGUCGAGAGCUGCCUCCGCUUUUCAACUUCACCAGCACAGAGCUGAUGAUUCAGCCGCAGCUCAAUUCCUCUCUCAUUCCACCUCAUGCCCGCGCACAGACCGUAGCUUCCUCCAACGAUGUCUCUGAAGGUUCUGUACAGCCUGGAUCUACUCUGACCAACAGCAACUGAGGCUUCCUCUCAAAAAAAUCAAGCUUACACACCACAGCAUCUGAGCUAUCCAAGCGCACAUCUCUCCCUCUGACCACACACACUCAGUCUUACACACUCUUUACCUCAUACAUGGCCUUUCCUCCCUAUAGCUACAUUUCCCGCCUGAUUCUGGUGUCACGCGUGGAAGAAUAACCAGUUUCAGCACGGCGGUCUGGGAACCCGAUGUUUGCUGACUGUUGAACAAACUUACAGUCUACAGAGAAACAUCCUGGACAAACACAUACACCCCAACAUACUGCCAUACACAUGCAAACAAACAACAACAACAAAAAGUUAUACUGCUAAUAUUUGCUUCAGAUAAUAGAGGUAGUCGAUCUCGAGAGCGCUGCGUACGCUCCUAGUAAAGCUCACGCGCAACUAUAAUACAACUCCAUGUGUGUUUUGGAGGUCAAAUAUGAUUGGUUCAGUGGCUAGGGGCGGGUCCUCUGUCUUAAUUUGUAUCUUAAUUUAUUUCAAUCAGAGUGAUCGAUGGAUGUUUGCCCUUGAUUUGUUUAGGAGUAACACUCUUGUCCCUCUCAAUAAACCCUAUAGGGUGUAAAAUAGAUUUAGCAGGGAGCAAGCAGUCACGGUAAAUGAUGUGUCUUGUUGUAAAUGUAAAGGAGAAGAUGUGAGACUAAAUGUGGUGGUUUUAUACAGUUAUUUUAUUGUAUUUAAAAAAGAAAUGAGAAUAAUACCUUGCUUUUACCUUCUAGCAAAUAUAUUUAUUAUUUUAAAAUGGUGAAUGGAAUGGGCUUUUGGGCCAGCAUCUGCAGUCGUUUCUCUGUGGAGCAAAUGAAAAGCUAGUUGAGAAAAGGUUUAACGCUGUCGUUGACCAUUAAGAAGGGAGAGAAAGAGAUAUGCAAGACUUUAUUGUUGUACUGAACUGAAGUGACUUUAUAUUCCUGGGCAUUUAAUUAUCAUUAACUGUUAAUAAUCCUCUGGGUCUAGGCUUAAUUUAUGCUUGUGAGAUUACCAAGUCUUUAUAUGUGUUUAGAUGACGUCAGGUUUCAUAAUUCAGUGUUUCAUUCAGUACGUCUUCAAUCUUUCUGUGGUGCUCAUGCUACUCUCAAGUUUUUUUUUAUGUUGUUGAGUUUAAGCCCUGUUUAAGAUGUAAAUACAGACACUGUACGGAUGUCUUUCUCUCCCUUCAUCUCUCUUGGGCUGUCUUCUCUAAGCUCUGAAGAGCUUGACGUCCGUUUUGUUUGUCAUUUACAGUAUUUAUUGUUUUGCACUGUAAUGUUGGGGCAGAAAGUUUCACUUUUUUCUUUUAUUUUUUUUGUGAAAUAGUAAGCCUUGUCAGCGUACUGUAUGUCAGUUCAUAAGCUCAUCUCUCAAUCUGUGAUAAAAGGGAUUCAUUUUUUGAGCGUGCGUGUCCAGAAGGGUCAUGCUUUGUUCUUUACUUGGAAAUUUGAGAAGGUUUUUGCUAAAGGUGCACUGGAAGCCAUGCUCAUACGGUCAGUUUUUCAUGAAAGGGACGGUCUCUGAAGUGAAUCGGCUGCUUCGUGGAGGUUUUGCCAGUCUGUGAAUCCACACAGCAUCAUGUAUGUGUACUCUUAGAAUUUUUUAUUUAUAUAUAUGUAUGUAUAUGUAUUUAAGAGUGUAUUUGGCUUUGAAGUUUAUUUUCCUCUCCUUGAAGGCUUGUUAAAUGAAUUGAGACCAGUCUGGAAGUCUCUUCCCCUUCAUUGCUCCUAUAAUCCUUCCCUCCCUCCGUUCCUGCCUUAAGCCUGCCGUACAAACGUUCGUCUGUUAUUACCUUUUUUUGUUAAUUGUAAAUUUCUGCCUCAGCGUUCUGGCCCAGGGGAAUCGUGUCCUGAGAAAAAGAGAGAGACGAAUGGAGAGAGCUUGUCAGAAUAAACUGAAUUCAUUUAAUAAAAUGAUGAAAC